CUGGCUGCAUACGGAUGGGCAGGGAGGUGCAGAGCCUGCAGGCGCCUGGGCUCGGGAGCUCUGGGAAGGGAGGAGUUAAAAGGACCUUGGGUCCAGGGACUGGGAAAGUAAUCGGGAAAGGAGGAGACAAUGACAGCCCUGUCUCUGCCUUAACCUUGACCUCUCAACCUCUCACCUUGACGGCCUCUCCCUGCAGAUGCCCUGCUCUCUGACCUGGAGACCACAACCUCACACAUGCCAAGGUCAGGAGCUCUAAAAGAGCGGCCCCCAGAGCCCCUCACGUCUCCUCUGACACAGAUGGGGCCUGGGGAACCUUCAGGAGCCUCUGGGGACAAAGACCAUCUGUACAGCACGGUAUGCAAGCCUCGGUCCCCGAAGCCUGCAGCCCCUGCCACCCCUCCAUUCUCCUCUUCCUGCGGUGUCUUGGGCACGGGGCUCUGUGAGCUAGACAGGUUGCUUCAGGAACUUAACGCUACUCAGUUCAACAUAACAGAUGAAAUAAUGUCUCAGUUCCCAUCUAGCAAGGAGACAGCAGCGGAGCAGAAGGAGGACCAGUCUGAGGACAAGAAAAGGCCCAGCCCCCCUCCCAGCCCCUCCCCUGUUCUCCCAAAGCCUUCAGCCACCUCAGCCACCCUGGAGCUAGAUAGACUGAUGGCCUCACUCUCUGACUUCCGUGUCCAGAACCAUGUGAGUCACUCAGGGAGUGCGGGGUGGACCACUGUGGAUUUAUGGCUCUCAACCCAUCUGAGACCUUCUCACACAUGCUGCCUUGCUGACUCAACUCUCCUGUCCUCACGACUGCAGCUGCCAGCCUCAGGGCCCACCCCACCACCAGUGCCAAGCUCCAUGAGUGAGGACGCCCCCUCCCCACCAGGGCCCACCAGCAAAGGCAGCCUGGACACCAUGCUGGGGCUGCUUCAGUCUGACCUCAGCCGCCGUGGCGUUCCCACCCAGGCCAAGGGCCUCUGUGGCUCCUGCAAUAAACCCAUUGCUGGGCAAGUGGUGACGGCGCUUGGCCGUGCUUGGCACCCUGAGCACUUCGUUUGCGGUGGCUGUUCCACCGCCCUGGGAGGCAGCAGCUUCUUCGAGAAGGAUGGAGCUCCCUUCUGUCCUGAGUGCUACUUCGAGCGCUUCUCUCCGCGAUGUGGUCUCUGCAAUCAACCCAUCCGACACAAGAUGGUUACUGCCUUGGGCACCCACUGGCACCCGGAGCAUUUCUGCUGCGUUAGUUGCGGGGAGCCCUUCGGAGAUGAAGGUUUCCACGAGCGGGAGGGCCGCCCCUACUGCCGCCGGGACUUCCUACAGCUAUUCGCGCCGCGCUGCCAAGGUUGCCAAGGCCCCAUUCUGGACAACUACAUCUCGGCGCUCAGUGCGCUCUGGCAUCCGGACUGUUUCGUCUGCCGGGAAUGUUUCGCGCCCUUCUCGGGAGGCAGCUUUUUCGAGCACGAGGGCCGCCCGCUGUGCGAGAACCAUUUCCACGCGCGGCGCGGGUCUCUGUGCGCCACGUGUGGCCUCCCGGUGACUGGCCGAUGCGUGUCGGCCCUGGGCCGCCGCUUCCACCCGGACCACUUCACCUGCACCUUCUGCCUGCGCCCGCUCACCAAGGGCUCCUUCCAGGAGCGCGCGGGCAAGCCCUACUGCCAGCCCUGCUUCCUCAAGCUCUUCGGCUGAUCGCCUGCCGGGCUCGCCCCUCCCGGAGAGUGCAGCCCCAAAGACCUCGCCCUUCCCCCCACCUCAAAAGAUCUGGCUUUCCAGACCCCAAGGCCUUGCUGUUGGAGCUUCGGGCUCCACCAGCCCGGCUUCUUGAGGCCCCACCCUACUGGAGGGACUGGCCCCGAAGGUACUGUACGUACUCCGUGGGCGAGUCAGAAAAGGCUCCGUGAACCCUUAAGGCCACGUGCCUCCCAAAGUGGGUCCGUACCCUGACCGAUCCCACGUGAGCCCUUCACUUUGUUCCCAGCCUUGAGGGAGCCCCCCGACUGGAGGAGGGCCCUUGCAAUUCUCACGAAUCCAAGGCCAGGCCAAGACGUCCCUCUGCCCCCGCCCCUCACUGUUCUGUGCACUUUUUUCUAUCUACAUAAACACACA